ACUCUGCUUUACACCUUGGCACGCUCCACCAUCUCUGUUUGAUUUCUCCAACCAGGAUGGAUCUUUCUGAGGGGAAUGUGUACGAGAACCCAGAGCCGACCUACGAGAACCAGUCGUCAGGCGAAUAUGAAUUGCCCUACGAGGCCUCAUACGAAGAUCUUUCGCAUCUGACUCCUGAGUAUGAAAACGCCGAAGUGGCCUCGAGAAGAAUACCAGCUCCUCCUUCGAUCCCGGCGCCUGAGCCUCCCACAGAGGAGAGGCGAGGAAGCACGUCCUCUUCCUCAUCCUCCUCAUCGUCUUCAUCAUCUUCUUCUUCUCAUGAGAAAGAAGAGCAGAAAGUGGAGCUGGAGAGUUCCAGUGGGGAGGAGGAGGUGGAGGAAGAAAAAGAAGAAAAAGAGGAAGAAGAAGAGGAGAACACAGAGGUAGAGCCGUUAAAUGAGUUAAACUGGGAGAUGGAGGUGGACAAAUCACGCAGAUCCUCAUCCUCGUCAUCAUCUUCAUCAGCCUCUGAGAAGGAAACAGCUAAGGAGAAGCCAGAGCCUGACGAAGAUGGACCAAAGGUCAUGCUCUUUGUUAAGGCUGGGAGUGAUGGUGAGAGCAUUGGAAACUGUCCUUUCUCCCAGCGCCUCUUCAUGAUCCUGUGGCUGAAAGGUGUUGUCUUCAACGUCACCACUGUUGACCUAAAGAGGAAACCAGCUGAUCUUCACAACCUGGCUCCCGGGACACAUCCACCCUUCCUCACCUUCGAAGGGGAAGUUUACUCUGAUGUCAACAAAAUAGAGGAAUUCCUGGAGGAAAAGCUGGCUCCACCAAAGUACCCCAAACUUGCAGCAAAGAAUCGUGAAUCCAACACAGCAGGAAAUGACAUAUUUGCCAGAUUUUCAGCUUUUGUCAAAAAUACAAAACCGGAUAAAAAUCAAGCUUUAGAGGCCAAUCUAAACAAGGCCCUGGCUAAGCUGGACGAGUACCUGAUUAGUCCUCUCCCUGAUGAGGCAGACGAGGGAGAAUCCACCCGCAAGUUCCUGGACGGAAAUGAACUGACACUUGCUGACUGCAACCUUCUACCAAAGCUUCAUGUCGUUAAGGUGGUUGCAAAGAAAUACAGAAACUAUGACAUCCCGUCAGAGUUCAGAGGUUUGUGGCGGUACCUUGGAAAUGCUUACAAACAGGACGAGUUCAUCAACACCUGUGCAGCUGAUGUGGAAAUCGAGCUAGCCUAUAAGGAUGUCGCCAGGAGGCUGGGGAAAUGAAUGCAUCACAAGCACUCAAGAACCUUUUUAUCUUUUAUUGAGAAAUAUCUAAUAAAUCACUUUUUUUUUUUUUUUUUGGAAAACCAUUACAUACACUUUUGGCACAGUAUGUGUCACUUGUAAUAGUAAUAUAGUAAAUAUGUUUAACUGUAGCACACUGGUAUGAUGUUUCAGAGAAGGUGCUAAAAAUCAUGAAUCGUGUUUGUAAUGGUAUUGUGUAGCAGCAGAUGUCUGACGCAUCAAACGAUGCUUGCAAACUAAAGAGGCUGAAAAUUGUUUCAUAAUGAUUAUACUACAGUCAUUUUUCAAAAAAGAUUCAAUGAGGAAAAAUGUAUGAAGUUUGCAGCUCAGUGUUUAGUUAUAGUAAAUCCCUUCCUUAAGCAACAACUGUCCAGUCAUCAGUGAUUAAUGAACUGACAGCAGGUGAACUAAGUAAAAUCACCUGGGGAGUGUAGUUCACACUACAUUCAAACAUAAAGAUCAAACUGACAAUGUACAAAUAGGAAAAAACUGUAGCAUUAAAAUCAAAUGCCAGCAAAAAAAUUUUUAAAAAGAAAGACAAACAAACAAAAAACAUUCCGUUAAAUUUAGCGCAAAUAAAAACAAAAUCCCUUUUUGUUCACAGGUCAUGCAAAUAUAACACACCCUACUAUUCAUAGAGUUUUGUGGUGGUAUUGUACCAAGCAACAUUACAUCAUUAGCCUCUGGAAACACUAUGUGUUAAUAAACACUAAUAAUUAAAUAAGUAGUAAUAGCUGACACCUGGCAUAUUCAAUUUUACUUUUACAACUUCAUAUUAAACAUAUUAAAAACUACGAUAGGCAGAUAUUUUCACAGCUGGGAAACCUUUUAAAUCACAAAACCGUCCCAGUAUUCUUUUAUGGUUUACAUGGGUCAGAUUCUCUGCAAAUAUUUGUCAUUCUUUUAGCCUUUCUUGGGUAAAUAAACAAAUAAUAAUAAAAUAAUAAUAAUAGAAUAAUAAUAAAAUAAAUAAACUCCUGUAUUUGUUGGAGUUUUAUUUUUGCUUUAACUUUGGCCAAGUUAGCCUUAAUUUGCUAAUUGGCUAGUUUUUUCCUCAAGGCUCAUAGACAGGGGCGCCUCCGAGGGGGGCCACUGGAGGGGGUGGGGGUGGGGGGUGUUAUGGGCACUGGCAAGAGAAAGGAAGACACCCUACAAUAAGUUGAAACAUUAACUUGUUUUUUAUUCCGGCAUAUAUAAUAUUUGUCAUUCGGAUUUCCUGUCGUGACCCCCACCCCGCACAAUAUUUUUCAAAUAACCUGUAUUUGACAACAGCAUAAUAAAAUGGGAAGUUCAGUUUUUGGUGUGCCACCCUAAUAUUUUUAGUGGCCACCCCUACAAAAAAAUUCUGGAGGCGCCCUGCUCAUAGAUGCAACAUUUGUCAGCAUAGCUGCCUAAGCAACACACACACACACACGCACACACACACACACACACACACACACACACACACACAUUUAGCAUAAUUGCCUAAGUUGCUUCAGCUAACGAUGCUCUAAAGUUGAUGUUAACAGUCAUUUAAACCAAGGUGUCAAAAGUGUAGGAAAAUUUUUGUAAAAAUCUGCGCUCGACAGCAGAUCCCCAAACAGUGAGUGUUAGGAGGUUAAGAUGUGUUUAUCCCAAUUUCUACUAAAGUAUUUUCUCCUUACUAAUUAAAUUAAUAUUUUUAGUGUCAUAAAUGUCUUGGAUAUAUGUGAAUCUAACUGUUCUGUUUGUUUGUUUCUUUUUUUUUUCCUGUUGAUUUUGGUAUGAUUUUGUGUUUUCCGGUUUUCCUGGGUGUUUGAGGAAAGCAAUGCUAAGAACGUGUCUCAGCCAAAGCAGUUUGUCUUUUACUGGUGCAGCGUCAGCGCUGUGAUGGCCUUCCUUUUUCUAACAAGGCAAUUAACCAUUUAUUUGAUCAGUUAAAUACAGAGUACAAGACGGAUUUUCUUAAGAAGUUACAAAUCUUUGUUUUUCUUUUGUUAAUAUAGUUUUCUUGUUUUAUUGCCUCACUCUGUAGUUUACAGCAAAUACUUACUCUGUAGUCCUUUUUAAUAGGUUACAGUCUUGUUUUCAACAAUAACUUUCGUUUUCUGAUUAAUAAACAACAAUGCUGUCAGUCUGGGAAAUCAGUCUGUAAUAAAAAGAUCAUACAUGACAGUAACCAGCUAAAUAAACCAAAUUUAGCUAGUUCUUUGAUUUUAUGCACACUGAUGGCAGAGGAUUUAAUCACGGGUGCCUUAGUGAGAAUCAAGCUCACCUCUGCCUUCGGCUCUAUGUCUGUACAGUAAAUUAUGCAUGUUUGAAUAUGAUAGGAAUGUGAAUUUUUCAUGUCAUCUCUGUAGGGCUGCUGGGAAAAAAACCCCCAAACUUCAUAUGUCUGUAAAUGAUCAACAACCAUAUUCGUCUUCUCUCUGAUGAUUGCAAGCCACUGUGUAGACUGUGUUGCUUAUUUGAAUAUUAAAUCUAUUUUCUCAGAGGCUGA